UUCAAGUUUGUGGGCUGGCCCCAAUUGUUUUUUUACCCUUACUGAUACACUGCGCAGGUGCUAUAAAACACGCCUGAAAACUUCGGAUGAUUCACAGAUCGGAAUGCCUGUGCCAGAUACAUUUGACGCCUUUGUGCCUUCGAAUUUUGCAGACCUCUUUGCUACGGCCGAGAUCCCACCCUACAUUGGCUUAACAGAGCUCAGGGAACUGGAACGCAACGUCGUGAACAAAUUCCAACCCUCCUAUCUGCACGCCCAGAAGCUUUGCUCCAAGAUGAUUUUGGAUCAUUCUCUUCGUUGCUACUACCUCGCUCUUGCCAUUCUUCAGAGCUUUCCAUCUAAAACACCGUCUAUCCCUCAAAUUUCCCGAGACGAGCUCAUUGAAAGAGUGUAUCUGGCCUGCAUUUUGCAUGACCUCGGCCUUAGUUCGCACGAGGAAGCAAUUGCCCAUCCCACUCGCGACAUGACGUUCGAAAUCCACGGCGGGAUUUUGGCUUACGAACAUUUACGAGCAGAAUACGCGCCCGACCUCCACCUCAACAAUUCCCAAAUUGCCGAUGUUGCGCAGAGCAUCAUGCUUCACACAGUUUCAUUCCAGACAGGCAUGUCUUCAGCUGCGGGCAUGUUAUUGUACGUUUCUGCCUUUAUUGAUGUGGUUGGCUACGAUGCUGCACCUCCGAACACAAAGGAACGCGCGAUUACUUAUGACACCGUGCGAGAAAUCGAGGAAGCGUUCCCUCUAGACGGUAUGUCGCUCAGAUUUGGUGGGCAGAUUCAAGAAAUGUUGGACGCGAAGCCGAAUUGUCUAGUCAGUCACUCACCAAAUCUUUUAAAACAAAUUUCUGAGAGAACUACGUAGAUAAUCGUGCAGCUCUCGUGGACUUAUAAAUACUGAAAUUUUUUCCAACCAAUUACUAACUCAUGUUCUGUGUGAAUAAACUUGCUCAUCUUCCUG